AUCAAUGGGAGGCGGUUUCUUAAGAAACUAGAAGAAAAGGAAGUAGAAAAGUUGGCAUCGCCAACAAAAGAUAACAGAAGGGAGAAAAAAAUAUCAAAGUUGAAAGCAUCUUCUAUCCACAAGAAUCAGAAUCUGAAAGCUGAUGAGAAUGGUUAUUUGGCAAGGGAAUCUGAGACUGAAAGUGCUGAUGCUGAAGAGCCCAGUUUCUGGGUCCCUCCUGUUGGAGAGCGUUGGGACUUUGAUGAUGGAAGAGAUCGUUGGGAAUCUCACCAUUCUGAUCAAGAAACAGAAGCCACUGGUAACGCUGCCUCAGUGAUGAAUGAAGAGAAUGGGUCAGAGUCAAUGGAGCUCUCCAUGUGUUCAAAACGAUUGUCAUUUGCAGUUGGUCCGAAUAGCUUUGCCAGACGGAAGAAGAAGAUGAAGAAGGCCUAG